AUGGCGUCCUCACGUUGGUGGCUUUUUGUCCAAGCCAUUUUCUGGCGCUUCCUAAUGCGUAUUGGCAUGUUCAUUCACGACAUCACUCCUCCGCGACCUCCGCGACCGUCCUUUGUCCGAUCCAUCCCUGCCGACUCCGGCCAAAUCCACCUGUACUUCUACACGCCACCCGACUACACCACCAGUCGCAAAGAGGGUCGUCGUUUGCCCGUGGUGGUCAACUUCCAUGGCGGAGGCUUCACCCUAGGCUGCCCGACCGACGAUAGUCGCUGGGCGAAGUGUGUGCUCGGGGAGGUCGGCGCCGUCGUCGUCAGCGUCGGGUACCGUCGCGCCCCGGAACACCCGUUUCCCGCCGCCGUCGACGAUGGCGUCCGAGCUUUGCAGUAUCUGGCUGCUCACGCUGUCGAUCUGGGUCUAGACGUCUCCCGCAUCUCCAUCUCUGGCUUCUCCGCCGGCGGCAACCUCGCCAUCACCGUUCCCCUCCGCCUGCGCACCCUUAUCAAUGAGCAGCGCGACCGGUACCGCGACCGUAACAGUCCCCCCAGCUAUUCGGGCCCCUACGACUCCACCCAGGAGCUUGUGUCGGCUGCCUCGACCAGCGAUCUCAAUAUCGUCUCCAUAUUCUGCUGGUACCCCAUCCUCGACUUUGAGGAGUCGCGCGACCACCGGCGCGCCAUGAGUCUCAUGCCCAGUAAGACCCUCCCAGCCUUCUUCACCAACCUCUUCGACGAAUCCUAUCUGCCGGAGCGCGAGGAGCGUGUCUCACCCUAUGCGUCACCUGUACACGCCACGGAUGAGGUCCUCGCCGACGCCCUUCCGCACGAUAUCUUCUUCUAUAUCUGUGAAUGGGAUAUGCUUCUCAAGGAGGGCCAAGUAUUUGUGCGUCGUCUGCAGAACAUCAACAAACAUGUGCGCGCCAUGAUGAUCGAAAAGGAGCCCCAUGCGUGGGAUAAAUCGCCCAAUCCGUUCCGAGACCAGGACAAGGUCGAUAUCCUAUACCGCGAUGCGUGCGCCGACAUGAAGCAUAUCUUCAACGCGUAG